GCUCAGCCAUGUUAGCUUUCCCACUUCCAUCGACAAAAGCUUCCUGGUUUUUCAAACUGUUUCGGUUAGCCCGUUAAAUACAAAGCACAGCUUCUCUUUCUCUCUCACUCUGCCUUUGUUUGUGUGAGACAUGGCUUCCACUUGUGUCACUGGUUUUCUUGUAGUUUUGUUUGUUCUGCAACCUUGGAUUGCUUUAAGCUACCUUUUGCCCCCUGUUUUCCCUCCUGUCUUUGAUGAUGUGUGCAAAGAAGUGGUAUGUGGAAAAGGAACUUGCAAGCCAUCAAAUCAAAGCGCUUUCUUCUUGUUUGAAUGUGAAUGCGAUCCUGGGUGGAAGCAAGCUAACUUUGGCCUUGCUGAAAACUUCAAGCUUCUACCUUGUGUGGUUCCCGAUUGUACCAUCAAUUACUCCUGUAAGAAUGCCUCCUCACCUGUCCAAGACAAAGGGAGCAGAGCUAAUGAAUCAAUCUUCGAUCCGUGCUACUGGACCAAUUGUGGAGGUGACUCUUGCAACAAAUCAUCAAAUUUCACAUAUAGCUGUGAAUGUGCAAAGGAUUAUUAUAAUAUUCUCAAUGAUACUUCCCUGCCAUGUUUCCAAGAUUGUGCAAUUGGAACGGAUUGUUUAACCUUGAAGAUAUCAUCUUCAAACAAAUCUACAUCAGGAACCCCUGCAUGCUCUGAUGAUGGUGAGAACCAUGAUGAUGUGUGCAAAGGAGUGGUAUGUGGAAAAGGAACUUGCAAGCCAUCAAAUCAAAGCGCUUUCUUCCUGUUUGAAUGUGAAUGCGAUCCUGGGUGGAAGCAGGCUAACUUUGGCCUUGCCGAAAACUUCAAGUUUCUACCUUGUGUGGUUCCCAAUUGUACCAUCAAUUACUCCUGCAUGAAUGCCUCCUCACCCGUCCAAGACAAAGGGAGCAUAGCUAAUGAAUCAAUCUUCAAUCCUUGCCACUGGACCGACUGUGGAGGUGGCUUUUGCAACAAAACAUCAGAUUUCCCAUAUAGCUGUGAAUGUGCAAAGGAUUAUUAUAAUAUUCUCAAUGAUACUUCCUUGCCAUGUUUCCAAGAUUGUGCAAUUGGAAUGGAUUGUUCAACCCUGGGAAUAUCAUCUUCAAACAAAUCUACUUCUGCAACACAAUUAGUGUCUAAUGAUGGUAUGAACCAUGCUGCUUCAAUUCUACAAGGACAUUAUUUUUGGUUGAUAACGCUGAUGACAUUCAUGGCUAUGGUUCAGUGGAAAUAGAAGGGCUUAAUUAUAUGCGCAAGGCUUACAGCCCUGCAUUCUAGUUAGAUUCCAUAGAUUUCAUUGCUACUCCAUUGCUUUUGGUUUUCCAUAGUUCCACUUGUCCAGCAUUUCUAUGUAUAUAUGAUCAGGUCCUAUAAAUAAAUUACGACAUGUACAGGGAGGAGUAUGUUGAAUAGAUAUAACUCAGAACGGGACUUAGAGCAGAACAUUUUAAGUAUACGGCAUAUAUGCUUUUGUUGAACAUGAUUUGAUGAUACUGAGGUCUAUUACCUACUUUGAGAAACUAAGACUGGUAUUGAUUUGUUAUGUUAUUUUUUUUUUUUACUAACCAUGUAAGUAUUGGAAUAAGAAAUGGUAUUCAUUAGCCUUCAAAAUGGGUGAUCUUUGAACUUUUUUCA